AAAAGCAACCUUGUUCAUGCUGAAUACCUCACAUUAUAGAAGCGGAAUUGCGGCCUUUUUUCUUUUUUACCGAAAAAAAAAUCUUGCAAGUUAUUCUGCAAAAGUGAUUUUUGUGAAACGAAAAAUUUUUAAGCAAAAAAUCUUCAGAUUGUUAAAACAAUAAAAUUUAAAAUUUCAAGCAGAUUUUAAGUAAGUAUUAAUUUUUUUUUUUUGGCUUUGAAAAAACAAACAAAUUUUGCAAGAGACGCCGGAGUGUGUUCAUCACCACCACUACCAUUAUUGCUAACACAUACGCACUACGGGGUACACGAAGAAAAGAAAGUAGAAUUCACAAAAAAAAAAGAAAAGAAAAAGGAAGUAGCGUUGUUUGAAGAAACAUAAAAAACGAAAUCAAAAUUCAACAUUUUGUCAGUUUGUCGAUGGCGGAGCAGGCGUCAAGAGCCGCCUUCACCCAGCUGCAUUGAUGAUGUACAUUGAAAACACGGCUCUAGACGAUAACCUACAUCACAUACUUAACGAUCGGGUUCCAAGCUCUAGAAGUCCCAAUUCCACAGAGACAGAAGCCGAGUCUGCAUUGAUUACUCAUGUGCGUGAAAACAACGAAACAGAAGGAGCUAUCGAACCAGAUGCAGGAGAGGAGGUCGAUUGCAGUCACUUUUUCAUUGAAUUAGCAGAUAAUAUAAGUACUGAUUCGGACGUAGUGGUAGAAAAAGAAAACUCCCAAGAACCACAAGACGAAACCGAAGAAGAAGAAUUUGAAUAUAUACUAACUCGUGUUCCUAAACGGCGGACGGGCGCAUCGACACAAUCCGAGGGACAACAAAAUCAAGAACAGCAUUUGCUUGAUUGUAGAUUGCGUAACCUUUCCUUAGUUGGAACUGAAGAUAAAGUCAAAAAAACCGACGGAUCAGCACCCACAGCAAUAUCUACAGAGAGGUUUAAUAUACGAUUGCUGAAUCACUGCGCACAUCCGGAAGUACGCACCCUCCGUACGAAAAAAGACUUCGAGUCUCCGCAGUAUUUUCUGCAAUCAGGGCAAAACGGAGUGUUGCAAGUAAAUCACUAUAAUCGUUUCAACGAGUACGAAGGCGAUCGCGAUUGUUCAGAUAUAGAGACUUUUGAAGAAGUGUCUAACUACAAUCCGGGCCAGCCAAAUAAUUGUUCGCGCAAACCAGACGCUUCCUCGAUGGGGUUCGACAUAUUAAACAAGUUACGCCAGUUAUUGAAUUUCAAUACCAGUUCCACCCAUCAGUCAUCAACCCAAGAAACCAAACGUAAGAGAAGUUAUAUGCUUGAUUGCAGAUCUGAGAAUUGGUCGGGGGAGACGUCUGGUCUUCAUCAGAUAAAAUACCGAAAAGUGGAAAAUCGUUUCCCCAAAUUUAUCAGCCAAAUUCAGGAAGACGAUGACUUUCGUUUUUUGCCACCAUCAAAAUACGACAAACAGUUAUUGCUUAAUAGAACCGUAAGUGCUAUCAGAAGCAAACGCAACAUUUUGGAGAUGUCGAACGGUCGUUCCUUAACUUCUAUAGAUAAACCACCGUUAAGAAAAUCAAUUUUUUCUGCACCAGAAAUUGAUCAAAAAUUGAUUAAAAACACUACUUAUGCCGAUAUCGAGUUCUCUGACGAUGAUGAAGAUCCUAUUGCAGUGAAAGAUCUUGAUGAAAAGCCAUCUUGCAGCACUGCAAACAGAUCUGCACCAAAGGUGUAUAACAUUCCCAUAAAUCAUCGCAAUGAGGAGCGACUUAAGUUCCAGGCAAAACUAGCGCACUCUGCACCGUACGAUUGGCGCACAGAAAAAGCUUUGGUACCGAAAUUGUUGCCUGCCAAUCAUAUGAGUUAUGCAGACGUAUGUCGUCAACAAGUACGCGGCAACAUGUUAGGUCGCCGAGCUAAUGGAAGCAGCAUUUGUUCUUCAGAAGCCUCAACAUCUAGCUCAGUUCGUGUUUUAAAUGGCUUAAAUCAUAUUCCCACCACUCCCUGGCCAUCCAAUUAUCGUUCUAUUUUGACUCAGGAAAGAGAAAAUGAGGAACGCGAAAAAUAUAAGCAGCUCUUGGAGCAGGUAAUGCCCUCCAUGUAUGAUACAGGAGCUCCUGAAACUAAGUCCAACAAUCACAUUGAUCCAAGACGUAAAAGAUCGGCUAUGCUAGUUGCUACUGCAAAUUCUUCAACACGUAGUUCGCCGAGUGCUAAUAGACGACCGUUGGGCCUUCCAUCUAUGAACUUCAGGCGUCCCCAACUUUCGUCGACUAUUAAUUUAGAUGAUGACGACGAUGACGAUGAACUUACUUUGGCUGGAGUGUCAAACAACAGAAAUUCGGUGGCAAAUAAAAUUAAAGCUAAGGUGUCUACAGUCAUUAUAGACGACGUCAGCGAUAUUAUAGACUUAGGUAACGAUGAUCGUCACACCCUAUCGGCUCGUACCAACAUUAAACAGCAAGAUAAACCGAAUUACCUGGAUAUUUGUAAAGGAUAUAAAGAGAAACCGAAGAACACUGAUUUGCCGUUUGUGGAGCCAGUUAAUACUUUGCGAGAGCAAUUGAAUGCUUCACCUAAAUUCAAAGACAAUUGGCUUGAAAAUUUUAAAUCGAAAUGGUCUCUGCGGCGGAAGAGUCGACUCAGUGAAGUUCAACAAACUAAUACUAUGGUAGAAAAAUUCUCUGCAGCGCGACGUGCUGCUGAAGCUGAAAUACAAGAACGUUUACGUACAUUUCAAAUUGUUGAUCCUGAGCUAUUGGUAAUAGAUGAUUUCGAAGAACCCGUCGCCGAAUCGGAGCUCAUAGAAUUAACACAGGAGCACAACACUCGCGUUAAUGCCGCUAUAUGUGGUCCAACGGAUCAGGUGUUGGUGUCGAAAUUCAACCUAAAUAUAACCAGACGUGACAUACACACUUUGUGCGGUCAUAAUUGGCUUAACGAUGAGGUUAUCAAUUUCUAUAUGAAUCUUCUCACCGAUCGCGGCGAAAAGAAGAGCAAAUCAAAUGGUCUACCUACCGUAUAUGCGAUGAACACUUUCUUUAUACCACGUUUAAUGCAAGCUGGCUACGGUGGCGUUAAACGUUGGACGCGUAAAGUGGACAUUUUUACCAAGGAUAUAUUGCCAGUUCCAGUUCACGUUGGCGGCGUUCAUUGGUGUAUGGCCAUUAUUCAUUUGAAAAAUCGCACUAUUAAAUACUACGAUUCAAUGGGGACUCCUAAUCCGAACGUACUAAAAGCUCUUGAGCAAUAUCUGAAAGAUGAAUCGAUGGAUAAACGCAAACAACCAUUUGACACCAGUCAAUUUUUAAUUGAGUCUGUACCAGACGUACCACGCCAAAUGAAUGGUAGCGAUUGCGGCGUCUUUAGCUGCAUGUUUGCGGAGUAUGUAACGCGUAAUAAAGAGAUCACCUUUUCACAACAAAAUAUGGAGUAUUUUCGGCAAAAGAUGAUUCUUGAAAUUGUUCAAGGAGAGUUGCUGCAGUAAAGUCCGUUUGGAUUGCUUCGCUAACUUUAACUUCUCGGUAUAUUAAUUUGUAUUUAAUUCUUUAAAUUGGGAAUUUUUAAAAAUUUUUUUAAAAGAUUAAGCUACGUUGACCUCUCGCCACUAGUAUCUGCCAAACUACAUCUGUCGUAAUUACUUGUUUUUUUUUUUUUUUUUUUCUCUUGCUUUGAGUUUAAGGUUUUUAUAUGCGGACUUUCGGGUUUCUGCCAUUAAAAGAAUUCCAAAAAUUGUAUAACAAUGAAGAACAAAAUAUGUUUCAAUUGAACGCGGCACCUUAUCACGGAGCAACCAGGACUUUGAGAUAACUCCUUUUUUCCGUUUUUAUCGUUUGCACAAAAAGUAAGUGAUCCAAAGUCAAAAAAAAAAAAAAAAAAAAAAAAAAUAGAUAAACAAUAACAACAACAACCAUAUAACAGAGCUAAAUUCGACAAAACACCGUCUCUUCAAA